AUGGGCAUUAAUCGUAACAAUGGUGAAUCUACACUGGUAAUCUUUGUGGAGUAUCUAGAAACGUCCAUGUCCAGAGAUCUUCUCUACAAGUUCCCCGACAACUCCGCUUUCGAUUUCGACUACGCCCAGAGUUCCAUUUGGUCCCCUUUGCUCCCUCCGCCCAUACAUUCCUAUCAAGAAAAAAGUGGCGUCUCUGUUUCGAGGAAAUUAUCGUACGAGGAAGGAGAUGGGUUGCUGGAAAAUACCAAGAAAAUGACGGCCAAGUUCAAGAGGAAUUUCACAAAUGCUGUAUUUGAUCAUCUUCACAAGUACCAAAAGAUGAAAAGGAGAAAGCGGAAAUCUAUGGAAUUUUCUUCGGUCCCUUCUUCUCAUCAGCUAAGUCCCACCUCCCCAGCACCAAGAAAGGGAUGGGCAAAGGUACUGAAAGCUGCAUCAAGGCAUUUCAAGAAGAGGAAAGGGAUCCCACUACCAUAA